UAUCAGAGCACACAACUCCCUCACAAUUUCCUCAUUUCUCCCUUUUCUAUCACAUUCUUCUCUCUCACUUUCCACCUUUCCAGAUCCCGCGUUCGCUUUGAUAUAGAGAGGGGGUGAGAAGGGGGAAAGAGAGGGAGAGGCAGAUAUGGCAAGGCGACGAUGGAAGGGAUCGUUGAUGCCCUUCAGCACUCACAUUGAUCCUGAAAAGGAGGAACAGCUGAACUGGGUGAAAAUAGAAACUGAGAAUCAAGUGAAAAGGAUAUUAAAGCUGACCAAAAGUCUAAACUAUGGCAACAAGGAAAGGAACUUGAAGAAAAGGUUGGAGGUGAUUCAGCUUAUUGAGGAUUUCCAGAAGCAGUAUGAAUCGUUAUACUCUUUGUAUGAAGACUUAAGAGAGAAGGUGAAGAAAAAAGUUGGUCCCGGAGAAGAUGAUUGUUCUUCUUCUUAUAACUCGGAUUCAGAGGCGUAUUACUCGUCAGGGGAGUUUAACGUUAGACGCAGUAAAAUUAGCAGUUAUGUUCCGAAAUUUUUUGGUACUGAUUAUAACCAGGAUUCUGAUUCUUCAGAUUUAGAAGAUACUAUUCUCAAAGAUAAGUUGACUUCUUCAAGUGAAGUGAAGAGAACCAUGAAUCCUGAUUUGCUGUCGGCCUUUGCGAAACCUCUGGAAUUUGGGGAAAUUGUUAAGGACCUGAAAGUUCAAGGGGAGGAGUCAGAGAAAAUGAGCCAGAGGUUGGAUCAGAUAAAGGAUUUAGAAGUACAGGUCGCGAGUUUGAAGCUUGCAAAUUCAACACUUUACAUGCAGAAAACAAAGUUGGAAGAGCAUUUGAAGUAUAGUUCAGAUCAAAUUGUGCAAAUGAACGAGAAAAUGACCAACAGGUUGGCUCAGAUAAAGGAUUUAGAGGGUCAUGUCGCGAGUUUGAAGCUUGAGAAUUCAACACUUUACAUGCAGAAAAGAGAGUUGGAAGAGCAUUUGGAGGAUAGUUCAGACCAAAUUGUGCAAAUGAAUGAAAAAAUCACGAGUCUGGAAGCUCAGAUUGUGGAAUUUGCAGCCACAGCCAAAGAGAAUGAAUGUCUUGUUGCACAGGCCAAUGACAUGCAGCUUCAGUUGACUAUUGUGGAACAUGAGAAAGAUGAUUUAGAAGGACGGUUGGAGCAUGAAAGCAAACAACGGUCGGAUCAGGUCAAGGCCCUGUGGGAACAAGUUAACUCUCUGCAGCAGGAGCUAGCGUCUGUGAAUACCCAGAAGGAGGAAUUGGAGUUAGAACUUAAAAGGAAAAUGAAGGAAACAUCAGAAUGCUUGCUUCAGAUAGAGGGUUUGAGAAAUGAAUUGAUGUCGAACGAGAAGGGUGUAAAAGAUUUAGAACUAGAGAUUCAUACCUUAAGCAGCAAGAAGAGUAAUCUUGAAGAACAGGUGAAGAAAAUAAACCAUCAAAUGUUUCAGUCUAACGUUGAAAAGGAAAAGCUACAUGGGAAAAUUUCUGAUCUGCAGAUAGCUCUUUCAGAGAGGGAAAAUGAACUAUCAACUGAGCAAAAGAAAUCCGAGUCUUGCCAAAAUAUCAUGUCGAUGAAGACCAAAUCCUUGACUGAGGAGGUGGAAAAUCUCAGGGUCAAGCUGGACAACAUGCAAAAUGAGAGAAACAGUUUGGAGGUGGAGUUCCAAAACAAACAAAAGCAACUGCAGAUGGAGCUUGUGAGAGAGAAACAUGAGUCGACGUUAAGCAUAUCCCAGCUGGAGAAAAUGAAUGCUGAACUGAUCAACAAAGUUGCCUAUCAGCAGAAAACGCUGCUUGAACUGGAGGCCGUUAUAAGAGAGUUGAAAGACGAAAAUGCAGAGGCUCAAACAAAAUUGGCCUAUUGCAAAUCAAAUUUCCCGAUUCUGGAGCGAAAGGUAGACGAAAUGGCAGAAGAAUUCCGCAAACAGUGUGAAGACAAGUAUAGAAUGCUGAGCCGGAGGAUCAGGGUGGCUGAACAGCUCCAAGUUGAGAACAAAGAAUGGUACAGGAAGACAAGAGAGUCCUAUGAGCAAGAAAACAAGGACCUCAAAGAAAGGGUAGAAAGAACUGAAAACGGACUAAAAACUGUAAAGGAAAUGACCCUUACAGCAAACGACAUGCUAACUUCACUAGACUCAAUGGCCUUAAAAUUUGAGGAGUGCACUGCUAACUUCCUGAAUAGGAUUUCCAAGGCUUCAUGUGAGUUGAAAUUUGCAAAGGACUGGGCAAUGAGGAAAAACAGAGCACUACUGCACGUGAAAGAUGAUUUAGACUGCUUACUAGCCCAGCUGGAUGACAAAGAAGCAGAGAUAUUGGUGUUCAGAGAGAAGUUUUGGAAGUCGGAGAAUAAAGUGAGGGAGUUGGAGAAGAUGAUGAAAGAAAAAGAAGAUGCAAUGCUAGGAUUUAAAGAAGAGAAGCGGGAGGCAAUAAGGCAGCUAUGUGUGUGGAUCGACUACCACCGUGGUCGAUCAGAUUAUUACAAGAAAAUGGUGUCUGAGAUGAAAGCAAGUCGCGGGAGGGCAUCUUGUGAUCUACAACCCAGAGAAAUUGGAGAGGGUUCACGGAAAGAAAUGCCUAAGCAUCGGUGGCGCGGGUCGCUCAAAUCCUUCUUUGGCAGUCACAUUGAUCCUGAGAAAGAUGAGGAACUUAGGGGAUUUAAAGCAGAAAUUGAUGGCAAAGUGCUGCAGAUCUUAAAGCUUCUUAAAGAAGAAGAUGAUAAUGAUAGGAAAGAGCCAAUUGCAAAUCUUAUUGAGGAUUUCCACAGUCAUUACCAGUCUCUUUAUGCACGUUAUGAUCAUCUGACUGGAGAGUUGAGAAAAAAAGCGCACGGCAAUCAUGGGAAGGACAGUUCCUCAUCCAGCUCGGAUUCCUCAGACUCCGAUGAUUCUCCGAGGAAAAAAGGUAAAAAAAGUGGUGAAGCUGAAAAUAAUUUUGAGAACCAUGCAGUUCGUGUCAAGCAAGAGCUGGAAAUGGCACUUCUGGAGAUUAGUGAGUUGAAGAGAAAGUUGGCGGUCACCACAGAGGAAAAAGAAGCAUUACAUCUGGAAUAUCAAAGUGCUUUGACCAAAGCACAGGAAGCACAUAGUAUUAUGAUGGAAACAGCAAAUGAAAAGCAGAAGGAGCUGGAGUCUCUGCUCAGCCAAAAAAUUGAAUCCGAGGCACAGUUGGAAAAAAGAGUUCAAGAAAUCUCUGAGUUCCUUAUCCAGAUAGAGAGUUUAAAAGAAGAAUUGGACAACAAAAACUCGGAGCUAAAGAGGAGCACCAAUGAAAAUGAGAGUCUUUCAUCACAGGUGAAGGAUCUGGAACUGGAGCUGAGCUCCCUAAGCAAUCUAAAAGCUGAACUUGAGGAACAGGUAAAAGGCAAAAGCGGGGAAAUUUCGAACUUCCUAAUUCAGAUAGAGACUCUAAAGGAGGACAUGGAGAACAGGAUUAAGGAGCAACAGACAACAUUGGAAGAGAAAGAGAACCUUGUAUUGCAAGUGAAGGACCUAAAUCUCGAGCUCAACUCUGUCCGCAGCAUGAAAAAUGAAUUAGAAGAGCAGUUGAGGAACAAAAAUGUUGAUCUUGAUCAGUUGCAAGAAGAAAAGACAAAGCUGCAAAUUAGAAGUUCUGACAUGGAGAGAGCAUUGAUAGAAAAAGAGAAUGAACUCUCCACCUUACUGAAGAAAUAUGAAGAUGGAGAGAGUGAAGCAUCCAGCAAGAUUGUGGCAUUGACUGCAGACGUAAAUAGUCUUCAAGAGCGAUUGGAUUACUUGGAUGCUCAAAAAAGCGAGGCAGAUGUAAUUCUUGAGAAAAAGAGUGGAGAAAUAUCAGAAUCACUGAUUCAGAUAGAAAAGUUAAAAGAGGAAAUAUCAAACCAAACUGCUGAUGGAGAAAUAGUUCUGGAGCAGAAGGAAAGCCUAGCAUUACAGUUAAAGGAUCUGCAACUGGAGCUGGAGACUCUUCGCCAUCAGAAAAGUGAACUGGAAGAUCAAAUGAGUAGCAAACUUGAUGAAGAAAAUCAGUUGAGGGAGGAGAAGGGUGCUUUAGAGAACAAGAUUUCUGAGUUGGAAAAGACACUAUUAGAGAAAGGAAAUGAGGUCAUUGCCAUCCAGAAAAGCAUGGAGGAUGUUCAAACUGAAGCAUCUGCUCAAAUUGCUGCCCUGACAGAACAGAUAAAUUCCUUACAGCAGCAGCUGGAAUUGCUGCAUUCCGAGAAAAGCCAGUUGGAAAUGCAAAUAGAGAGAGGCAAACUAGAGUCUACAGAGAGUUUGGCUCUGGCUGAGAACCAGCACACUGAAUUAGUAAACAAGAUUAUGGAACAGGAGAGAAGGCUGAAAGAACGGGACGACGCAUUCAUAAAACUGAAUGAGGAUUACAAACAACUGGAAAUUCAGUUCCAAAACUGUGCUGAGAGUCUCAAAUCCUCAGAGAAGAAGAUAGAAGAGAUGACAGAACAGUUCCACAAAGACAUUGAUGCAAAGAAUCAGGAAGUUGAUCAAUUGGAAGAAAGUAUAGAAGACCUGAAGAGAGAUUUGGAGAUAAAAGAAGAUGAAAUCAGUACGUUGGUCGAGAACAUGAGAACUACUGAAGUUAAGCAGCGGUUAACAAGUCAGAAACUCCGUAUUACUGAACAAUUAUUAGGCGAGAAGGAAGAGAACCACCUGAAAAGAGUAGAGAAGUUACAGGAAGAGCAAAGGUUGCUUGAGCAGAGGAUUGUUACGUUGUCAGGUAUAAUUGCUGCUUAUAAAGAAGCUCAAGUGAAACUGGCGACGGAAAUCUCUGAUAAGGUGAACGGCACAUUAAUGGGUAUUGAUACAUUCAGUAUGAAGUUUGAGGAGGACUAUGGUCACUUAGAGUCUCGGAUUUACGAAAUAGUGAACGAGCUUAAGGUUACAAAAAACUGGAUUACUGGAAAUAAUGCUGAAAAGGAUAAGCUGAAGAAGGAAGUUGCUAGUUUACUCCAACAACUUAAAGAUGAGAAGGAACAUGAGUUGCUAUUGACAGAAAAGAUUGGGGAGCUGGAGAUGGAAUUACAAAAGGAUGAGCACGAAAGGAAAAGCUUAACUGAAACCAUGAAACAACGGGAACAGAAGAUGGGAGAACUGGAGAAAAUGAUUGAAGAGAGGGAUGAGAAGAUGGGAGAACUGCAAAGAAAGAUGAACGAGAAAGACAAUGGGAUAUUGAGCCUGGGAGAGGAGAAAAGAGAAGCCAUAAGACAGUUGUGUAUUUGGAUUGAUCAUCAGAACAACCGCUAUGAUGACCUUAAAGACAUGGUCUUGAAAGCAGGAGGUCGAAGAAGGCAGAUAGCUAUUUAACAUUCCCAAACAAUACUAAGGAGGCAUGGUCGGUUCCUACACCCGUUUCUGUAUUCGAUUGUCGGUAUAUUUUUCUUUUCUCAGUAGUGCACCAUUUGAUUGCUAAGGGGGCAUUCCUAAGUUGUUAUUCAGCAAACAAAUUUCCAUUCUUUACCAUCAGUAUAGGGUGUAUAGGAAAAUAUUUAUUCUGUUUUUCUCUUCUUGAUUUUGGUGUUUCAGUACAGUAACCAUCGGAUUGUGAAAACAUCACUAGCCAUUUUGUAUAGCAGAUACAGCGGAGUGUAACUUA